AUGGGGUGUCAACAAGCAAAAAUAAAAUCUCCACCUGUUGUUAUCGCAACUUCACCACCGACAUUACCUUACGUAAAAAGUGCAUUAAAAAAAUCUCAUGUUAAAGGAGGAGGAGGAGGAGGAGGAGGAAAGACUGAAAAACUUUCAUUAUUAAAACAAAAAGAAUCUACAUUAAAUAAAUCAGUUAAUUUUGAUGAAAAAGUUCAAGUUAAAUUACGUACUCCAACUCCAAGAGAAAGAUCCUAUGAAAAAAUAUCAUCAACAAAAAUAGUAAAAAGACAAAUACAUAGUGAUGAUGAUGAUAAUGAUGACGAAGUUACAUCGAUUUCAUCACAAGAAGAUAAUAUUAUUAAUGAACCAAUGAAAAUAUCAAAACCAGUUUCUUCUCAAUUCGUACAACGAAAUCAACCAAAUGCUUUUUGGCAUAAAAACAAUGCUAUAGGAGUCAUAUCUACAACGAAUAAGAUCAAAGAAAAACCUCAACCUCCACCAACUGCAAUACAACAACCACCUGUUAACAUGAUGACAAAUCCCAUAGAAAAUUCAAAUAGUAUGCCUAUAGGAAAUCGUUUUAGAAUACGUCGUAAAAUUCAAAAUUCCGCUCCACCACAAGCAUCAAGUCCAGUUGUUUCUAUUCAAUCGCCCGUUACUUCUUCUUCUUCUUCACCAAUUGUACACACACCACCUCCUCUAGUACAACGACCGUUACCAAGUACAAACGCUAUACUUAUUGAACAUCAUGCAUCAUUUUCUAAUGGCAGAUCUGCAGGAAAAACUGCUCAUUAUGCUUUCAAUCGACAUCCGAUUGAUAAAACAAAUUCAACAGAAAAAUAA